AUGGCGCCUUCCUCGCGCACCCGGGGCGUGCUCAUGAGCUCGGCAAGCUCGAGGAAGCGAAAGGUUCCGGAAGAGGAGGAAGACACGUCGGCCAUGCAGUCUCGGAUGGAGUGGGAGGCCCUGGAAAGAGAGGCCAAGCAGCUCGUCCGAGCACGGCUGAAAUCCGACGCCGGCCGGGAAGUCUCCGGCUAUGACGAUGUUGCAGGGGAAGGCAACGCGGAUUUGCCGGAGCCCGAUGAACCCAGUCAGGACUCCUCGCGAAAGCCAGCCGAGGCUCCUCCCGGAGAUGACGCAAAGUCCGAAGCUUCCGGCGAGGAAGAGCCGGAGGACGCCGAAGAUGGCGAGCCGAGGCCCCGGAACCGCCCGCAGAAGAGGGCGGGACAGAAGAAAACUGGGGCGCAGAAGCGCCGAGAAAAGGCGGCGCGGGAGAAGGAAAAGGAGAAGGACGAAGAACAGGACGACCGCUGGCUGAAACUCCGACUCCAGGGCGAAGAGAAGCCCCGGAGGAUCGAUGCGAAUCGGAUCGUCUUCUACUACGAUUUCGACGCCAGGGGCAAUCCGCGCAGACCUGUGGAUCCCGAUGCCGAGGAGGACGCGGAGCCUCCGCCCGAGCCCUCCAACGGUGACUUUCGCUCGGCGCUGCGGAGCGACAUGUGGGACGACAGCGAGGAGGAUGAGGAAUGA